AGCAGUACAUACUAUCAAUUCUGAGUGAAUUGCAACCAGGUUGUAGGGUUGUCAGUUGUCAUUUUUGGUUUUGCAUUGUACGCAUCAAACAAAUUGGAAAUUGAUAAAAAUUUAGUCUUUUUAAGUACGAUAAAACGUGAAAUAUACAAAAAGGCAAGGAAGUUGUCGCUGCACUGCUGUUGGAUUCCAUCACCCAAGCAAAUUGCACAUAUUUUUGUUGUUGUUAUGUUAGAACUUGUGGAAACCGCAUCAAGCGGUGAGCAAAUUAUUAUUGGAAAAUAAAACAAAUCAGAGAAAAAUAAUAAAUUAAAAAAAAAAACACAAAAACAACGCAGUCGGAAGAGGGGAAACGUAACAAAGGGUAGGUAAUGAAUUUAAAACGCUCAAAAGACAUCACCAAGUAGAAAAGGAUUUUCUUUCUGCUAAAAAGGUUUUGAUUGUGUAGCUGCUGUUUUGAGGGGCUUGCAGUGGUGGUGGCCAGCAUGUCUGUACGUUUAUUGACCUCGCGACUUUUUAAACAUGGUCGUUUUUUGCUCCAAAGCUAUUGGAAAAGAGAUAUACACACCAACAUUUUGGAACAAAAUCAACAACGAACACGUCAACAACGUAUACCACCUGGAUCAUCGGUGGUUAAGAAAUCCGUUGCCCGAGGUGCCAUAAAUGCAGUAGCUGGUAGCUCGAAAGCGGGUGCAGCCACUGGCCAGUUGGCUGCCAAUGUCCCCCAUUCUGCAGGCAUUUUCCGCUUUGGUCAACAGGCACGUAAGCUCUUCAUUGAUAACAUCCUAAAUCGCGUCACCACUACCUAUUCCGCUGAGUUACGUACCCAGGCCACAAAGAAACUAUUCUAUGGCGAUUCGGCCCCGUUUUUUGCUCUCAUUGGUGUUAGCUUGGCUUCCGGAGCUGGUGUAUUGACAAAAGAAGAUGAAUUGGAAGGCGUGUGCUGGGAAAUUCGCGAGGCAGCAAAUCGUCUUCAAUCCUCCUGGAACUAUGAUGAAGUAUCUGAGACCUUGGAUUCCUCAUUUAGUAUUGAUAAACUUUCCAUUGGACCGGCAAUUGCUAAGGGUUGUGCUGCUGUUGUUUAUGCUGCUUCCUUUAAAAAUAACUCUACAUUAGAUGUACCAGAAAAUGCACCCGAAAUCGUUGGUACGCCCGCACCUUCCGAGCAUAAUUCCCCGGCUGGCCGUCAACCACUGCAGCAGCAAUCUUUCCGUCCGGAAUAUAUUACACCCAUACAAAAUAUAUCACGUUUUGUCCAUAAUUUUGGCGGUUCGGUGGAUAAUGUCCAGCUAUUUAGUCAAACAUCAGCUGCAGCACAAUUUAGAGAUGUCUUGCAGGCGGAAAGGAAUUUAGAGGACAUUGAGCGGAGUAAAGAUUUUAAGAUACAAUCAAAAGCUGAGACUGGAUUUUCCGGUGUUAGCAGCGGUACCAUGGGCUUGCAAACAAUGGACACGCCCUCCGCCAGCGCAAAUAUACAUCGCUAUCCCUUGGCCUUGAAAAUGAUGUUUAACUAUGACAUCCAAAGUAAUGCCUUGGCCAUUUUAAGGGCCAUGUAUAAGGAAACUGUGCCGGCACGUCAACGCUACAUCAACGAAGCGGCCGAGUCGUGGGAACAACAUUUACAAGAUCAAACUUUGACCCUACCACCACAUCCCAAUAUUGUUUGUAUGUAUGGCUUCUUUUGUGAUGAGGUGGGCAAUUUCCCCGAUGGCCAUCUGCUGUACCCCAUUGCCCAGCCGCAGCGUAUUAAUCCCAAUGGCUAUGGGCGCAACAUGUCGCUGUAUUUGUUAAUGAAACGUUACGAUUAUAGUUUACGUUCCUAUUUGGAUUCACAUCAAUUGAGUACCCGAUCGAAAUUGUUGCUUUUAACCCAGCUGCUGGAGGCGGUGGCCCAUAUUAGUCGUCAUGGUAUCGCUCAUCGGGAUAUUAAAUCGGAUAAUAUAUUAAUUGAAUUGAACGAUGAUGACUCACCACCAAUAUUGGUGUUGUCCGAUUUUGGUUGUUGCCUGGCCGAUCGCUUGAAUGGUCUGCAAGUGCCUUAUACUUCGUUUGAUAUUGAUAAGGGUGGUAAUGCCGCAUUGAUGGCACCGGAAAUUAUUAACAAACAGCCAGGGCCCUUUGCGGUCUUGAAUUAUGGCAAAGCAGAUUUGUGGGCCUGCGGUGCCAUUGCUUAUGAAAUAUUUGGUAUGCGUAAUCCAUUUUAUUCUUCCAGUGGCGGAUUGGCAAUUGAAACCUAUUCGCUGCGCAAUUCCGAUUAUAAGGAUGAGGAUUUGCCACAGCUGUCGGAGGAAUGUCCCACGUUGGUGCAGCAAUUGAUCUACAAUAUUUUGUCACCCAAUCCUUCGAAACGUGUUAGCCCAGAUAUUGCCGCCAAUGUUAUGCAAUUGUUUUUGUGGGCUCCUUCCAAGUGGCUCAAGGUGGGUGGUAUGCCCAACAGUGCAGAGAUCUUGCAAUGGCUUUUGUCCUUGACCACCAAAAUCAUGUGUGAGGCCAAUUCGAAACCUGUACCCCAUCUAGGCCAAUAUCAGCAAACGGGUCGUCGUACUUAUGUAGAGUAUUUAUUGAUCUGCAGCUUCCUGGCCAGGGCCAGACUACGACGCAUACGUGGAGCCCUCAAUUGGAUACAAAGUACCGUGGUUUAAAAUUUUCAACGAUCAUUAAAACGAACGAUUGUAUCUCCAUUUUUUUCCUUUCAAAUUUUUGCAAAAAAUUAUAAUUUAUUUUUUUUUUUUAAUUAAUUUUUUCAAUCAAACAAAAGUCUGGAAAACAAUGUUUAAAAAAAAAGAAAUACGUGAAACAAAAUACAUUUGUGUGAUAUCUAGGAUUGUAGAAAGAAGAAAAAUGAAAAGAAAAAAACAAAACUUGAAGUGAAGUUCGUAACCUAUAAAACUUCUACUAAUUUUACUUUGUUUGUAUACUACUUGUGUGUAAAGCAAAAAAAAAAAAAAAAAAAAUAAACCUCUAUAUUUUUCUUAUGAAUUAUUUGUAUACAAAACUCUAUAAUUAUCACAUUUAAAACUACUAAUUUAAAAAAAAAAAAAAUAUUCUCAAUUAAAAAUAACCCUUAAUUUUUUUGGUUGCUUAAAGGCUUCUACUAAUUAUUUUUUUUUUGUUUUAGUUACCAUUUUUACCGCCUAAGAAAAAGACACCAUGAUAAUGAUAUUGUAGUUAUCUUAAAAUCACAUUUAAAUGCCAAUGAAAAUUGAAAACAUUUACUUACACACCUCCCUUAAAUUUAGAAAUGCUUUAUUUUGAGGAAAUGAAGAGGAAGUAGAAAUUAUGAAAUAAAACAGAAAACUUUAGCAACUA